UGGCUACGUAUAUUCAGAAUAUCACCGGCGAGAUGUUGUUUUUCGUCAGCUUGGUGGUCUGUCUUUUAACACCAUCACUUAUAAAAGCUUGCGGAAAUAAGCCAUUUGGGUCCCGUAUAGUCGGAGGCGAAGAAGCAAAGCCGAAUUCUUGGCCUUGGCAAGCAUCACUCCAGUACUAUGGGCGCCACAUUUGUGGUGCUUCCCUUCUGAACGAGAACUGGGUGCUAUCAGCAGCCCAUUGCGUUGAUCAAAGUAGUGACCCUAAUCGUUACUCAGUUGCUUUAGGGGCUCAUAGCAGAACUGGAGACGGACAAGUGUUUAAAGUUUCUAGAGUGAUCAAACAUCCAUCUUUUAGCAUGCAACAUCUACGCCAUGAUGUAGCAGUGCUGAAACUGGCGACCCGUGUAAGCCUCAAUAGCAAAAUCCAAACCGUUUGCCUGCCAAAACAUGGAUCACGAGUCAGUCUAGGAACACAGUGUUACGUAACAGGUUGGGGUAGGAUAAAUUCAAACACAAAUGCACUUGCUCCUCGUCUUAAACAAGCUAAGGCUCCGGUAGCCAGUCACAAUACCUGCCGAAGUAAAAAUGGUGGCACAGUGGAUGAAAGCUCCAUGGUAUGCGUUGGAGGACAAGGAAGCAGUGUCUGCAACGGCGAUAGUGGCGGCCCCUUGUCAUGCUUUGAGGGUGGUCGCUGGUUUGUUCGCGGUGCAGCUUCAUGGGUAACGAGCCGUACUUGUCCCGGACACACCUUUUCCGUAUAUGCUCGUGUUAGCUCGUAUGUCAGGUGGAUCGAAAGUCACGUGGGUAGUGGCGGAAGUGGCGGUGGCGGUGGCGGCGACGGCGGAGGAGGAGGAGGAGGAGGAGGAGGAGGAGGAGGAGGAGGAAGCGGUGGAGGAUCUCGUCACACAGAGAAACUGUCCCAAUUACAAAAGCCAACUCGACAAAAUAUUGAGUCAGUAGUAUCGUAG